UUCCUUAGUAGGUCAUUUUUUAAAUCUGAAGGCACAACCUAGAUUCGAGCCAAUGUCUUAAGUAGUUGAACAUGUUAUUACUCCAAUUUCAUUAGUGACAAACUGACACGUUUUGAAUUUGUCAAAAACAACUUUAUAUCGAAGGAGUACCUUUUGGUUUGACGGAUUGCACAUGCGCAGCUCGGCGCGAGACGACCUUUCGACCCGAUUACGUGUUUCUACGCAUGCGCUUUUCUAACCGACAUCUCCAUGAAGUCGCCUACCUUGUGACGGGUUUUUCUAUUGACGAAGCAGUAUUAGCUUAUCUUCAUAUUGAUACCACCACCGACUGUUUCCUUGUUGAGAUUCAAUUGGCACAUGCGCAUUUGCGAUUAGUUGCCAUCUUAGAGCAGUGAGAAAAGUCGGUGGUUGUAUUUGAUUAACGUCUAUUGAAAAGUAUGGAUUUCAGCAAACAAAGGCAUGCAAACAUGGGUACAAGUUUUAUAAUUUAAAGUAUUGACCUUGGGCGAAUCGCUGUAGUCUGAGCUAGUUUCCACAGAGCCUGUCCUCGGCUACACUCAGGUGAAGUUCAUCAGAAACCAAUUUAACCAUGGAGUUUAGUCCGUUACUGGCUGGCCAGCCAGUUCGUUUAUGGCUGUAGCUAGUUCGUUUAUUACCAAGGCUUCAGAGUCCAAACGAGAGCAGUUUCGGAGAUACCUGGAGAAGGCUGGUGUCCUUGACAGCCUCACCAGUGUGCUGGUGGCAUUGUAUGAAGAGACGGAGAAACCCAACAAUGCACUUGAUUUCCUCAAGCAGCACUUGGGUGUGGCUGGCCAGGAGUCUGCAGACACUGAGGCACUCCAGCAGGAGCUAAGAGACAUGAGGCAGAGGUGUGAGCUGCUGGCCGAGGAGAACAAAGACCUCAAGAACAGGCUUCAACGCUAUGAGCCUACGCAAGAAGAUGGAGCUGCCGAAUAAAAAGUGACUUGGCUUUAUUGAAGUCAUUUUGUUAGAAACUACAAUUUCUAUGGCAAGUCGAAACCAACAACGGGAGGCAAGGAGUUUAUACACCUGUUUUUUAUUUUCUUUAUACUCUGUUUAAAUAUUUAACUUAUUUUGUAUAUUUGAAAUAUAAUAGCUUUUAUCCCUUAUGAUUGUCUCCUCCCUCUCAUAAAAGCGAACCCCCUUUUUCUGUUUUCAGUGUACUUCAGCCUACUGCAUACCAAUGCUUUGUCUCGAGUAAACAAACGGUAACAUAA